AUGUUUUCAGACCAGAAACCAAAGUUUUCAUUUGAUUUGACAAUCCAUGACUUGACAAAUGUGCCCGAGAUUAGUGGCUCUUGCUAUAUUGAAGUUCAAGUGCGCGAUAACAAGCGUCUGAAGAGCGGAGUUAAAGGCAAGAAGAUCCCCGAUAUCGAGUCAUCUUCUUCUCCUUCUCUGAAGGCUGUGAAGAAGGCUUCAUCUACACUUAACUCAACAAGGUCUUUAUUUAACAAAUUUGAUGAUGCUCUAUCGAAAUCGAGCAAGUCUGACAAUGGAAAUAAUAAUAACAAAAAUAAUAAUGAUAAUAAUAAUACUAAAAGCACAUUAUCGGAUGGCGCGGGAAGUAAUAAUAGUAACAACAACAAUAGUACCAGUAGCACUUCGUUGCUGGGAACUAUCAAGACAACUACAUCACGAAGAAAGCUCCACAAUUUCAAAUGUACUUUCAAUUAUAACUUGUCAUGUAACUUGCGCUUCAACUACAGUAAGAGAAAGAGCAAUUUAAUUUCCAACAAGUACUUGAUAUUCAGGAUAUAUUAUGUCAUCGAUAAUCAUAAACAUGUUGGCACUAGUGCGACGAGUAGCACCAGUGAUAGUGGUGGUUCGCACACACAGGUGAUACUGUUGGGGAAAUUAGUGAUUAAUCUUACAGAGUAUCUCAACUUUGGAGAGCCAGUCAAUAACAAAUAUUUACUUGAGGAUUCCAAAGUGAAUUCCAUCCUCAAUAUCACCAUGGCAUUGCAUGAAUUGCCCUCGAAUUUCGAUUUCCACACUCAGCUACAAAUACAGGACAAUGACAGCAGUCAUGCGUCAUCCACCUCCCUCUCAUUAAAUGACAAUAACAAGCAGCAUUUGAAGAAAAAUACCACAUUCAAUGUACCAGAACUAGAACGAAAACACGUGUUUACUGGCAUAAAUAAUGUUUUUGGUGAUAAUUCAAAUACGUUCCCAGGAGAGCACCCGCCAGGUCAGGGCCACAUCGAAGGUGGCUCCACCGGAUUACAAUCUACACAAGCAAAUGGAGGUGGCAAUGGCCAGCAGCCUCAGUUAAAUGGGAAGCAUUCGCACAGAAGUUUAUUCAGUCACUAUGAUAAAUCUAGUGCAAAGUCGAAAAACUCUCAUUCCGCACAACUGUCCAAUGCUUCACAAAAAGAUAUGCCUCUAGAUGACAUCACAAAGCUAGACAAUGAUGAAUUGUUAUAUUAUGUGGCAAAAGGGAAUGAUAGUUCAAGUGUGAUAAAUAUGGCAAAUGUGGGGAACAUCUCGGCCGAAGGUGGUGCAAACGCAAGAGACGGCAAUGAUGCAAAUGACCCAAAAACAUACACACAGGGUCAAGUUUACAGUAACUCCAAGCGACUUAUAAUGGAUCCCAUUGUCAGCCUCCUUUACGCCAAGAUCUUGGAGAGUAGCUGGGAUCCAGAAUUAUAUCCAUUAUUGGACUACUCUCCAGACCAAUGCAUCAAUGAUAUUUUUGACAAUCCAGAGAAUCCUUAUGGUUGCAACAUGAAGUUGAAAUCUUAUUACGACGAGAACCUUCGUCAAGAUGCAGAUAAGGAUGACACGUAUAGAGAAUUGAACGGAUUGAUCAACGAGCAAAGGUAUAGGCCCAACUUAAGAAGCUGGAAUAUUUCAGGCGAACAUUUAGAUCGGUGA